UCCAGUCUCCGUCGGUUCACGUUCGGUUCACGGUCCGUCCACGGUCGGUGGUUAUAUUAUUAUAGUUUUGGAAUCGAUUGUACGGUUAUAAUAUAGACGAUAAUAGGCAGCUACGGGUUAUCUUGUCACUCGAUUCACACGGUAUCCGCACCGCCGCCAUUUGUCGUUGACGAGACUUCGUUUACGCUAUCGUCCGGUGUGCUGAUUGCCGACGCCAUUAAACGCCUAGCGCGCCGUCCGGGCUCCGGUGGCCAGUAUUGCGUUAUCGAACCACUCCACCGCCGUCCGCUACCAGCGCAAUAAGGCGCAGUAUCCUGAAAGCUUUUCGUAUUCCUCACUGCUAGCUCGCCGACUACAUUUCGCUUGAACCACCUGUCAUACCUAUACCUAAUAUAUUAGGUACAUACACACACUGUAUAUCGUUCACUGGUAUAUCGAGACGUAAAGUACUGAAGAACCUACAUUGAAAGUUAACGCUAAUACCGUACCUACUUACUUGACUUGUGCACAAGUAAAAGUAUAUAGUCGAGACACAGUGCAUUGCAGUUCUAUACACACCAAUUUACAAUGGCGGAUCGUUGGGCCAAGAAAAAGGAAGCAAUAAUACUUGCAAUUGACAUCGGGAAAAAUUCUAGACAGCGAGAUUCAGAUGGAAAAACAUAUUUUGAAAAAUCUAUUUAUUGCGCUUCUACGGUUUUAAAGAAAAAAAUAUUAACUGAAAGUGAAGAUCAUUUGGCAUUAAUAUUGUUUGGGUCAUCUCAUACAAUUAAUCAUCUCUCAACAACACAAGGAGGUUGUUAUGGCAGUAUAGAAACUGUUGCUGGUUUAGGCAUACCAACUUGGGAUUUAUUUAAUCGUGUUAAUAGUUUAUCUCCUACAAAUAUAACACCUUCAGAUUGGAUUAGUACUUUUGUUCUUGCUGCAGAUUUGCUUAAAAAUGAAACUGAAAAUAAAGUCUACACUGGCCUUCAGAUUAUUAUGUUUUCAAAUCUUGCAACUGAUAUCUCAUUUGAUAAUAUAGAUAUAAUAGCGACGUGCUUAAAAAUGGAACACAUUCGUUUAAGCAUACUAGGUAAAGAUUGUGGAGAUAUAUCACUCAAUCCUGCAUCCGGUUUAUUUGUUAGAACCACUGAGGCAACUGCUGUUAAUUUUGAUUUAGUUCUACCUAAAAUAAGUUACUAUAAACAAAAAGAAGUUAUUGCAAAAUCUUGGAAUGCCCCUUUAAGCUUUGGAGAGGUUUUUGGUAUUAAAGUUUGCGGGUAUGAAAAGAUAGAUAUAACCACUAAAAGCUCUAAUUGGUUAUUCAGUAAGAAUUAUGAUACACAAGAUUUAGCAACAGCAAAGAAGAAACAUUCUGAUGACAAUGGUGAACAAAUGGAAGUCGAUAAUGCAUUGCCGAUGGGUGAUUUUUACUCUGGUGAUGAAAUUAUACCAGUCAUUGAUUUAGAUACAGAAGAGUGUACUUAUAUAGUAUCUGGACGAAGAUGUUUACAAGUAUUGGGAUUUGUAAAAACUACAAAUACACAAAGUUCAUUUUUAAUGGAUGGAGGAUCAUAUAUUUUUAAACCCUAUAAAACAGAUAUUAUUGCAUUUAAUGCUGUUUUCGAUUCUAUGGUUGAAAGAAAAGAAGUGAUGCUUGUUAGAAAAGUUGAUUUAUAUAUCAAUUUGCUAAACAUUGGUGCACUAAUUCCUCAAAAAGUAGAAAGUGAAAAAUUUUUUGUGUAUGUCAGUCUUCCAUAUGAGAAUGAACAGAACUACAAAUAUAGGUUACCAUCAUUAGACUCAAUUGCAUCACAUUUAAAAGGAAAGAUUAAUCCUAAACAUACAGAUGCAAUGGACAUAGAUAUAGAUGAUGGGAAUAAAUUUGUUAUGCCAGAAAUCAAAUAUAACUUUGAAUUACAAUAUUUGUAUGAUUGUAUUGUUAAGCAAAUAUUAAAAAAAACAAUUUCAAAGAAAAUCCAAUGUUCAAAAAAAACCAUAAAACCCUGCAAAAGCAUGAUGGAAAAUGGUGGACCACGUUUAAAAGAUUUUUUAAAAAGAAUUUCUUUUAAACGAGAAUUUUUUGAAAAUUUUCCAUCUAUACAUAAUACUAUACAAUUAAGGUAUGAUGAAGAAUUUGACGUUUCAAAUGAGUUUAUAAACACCCCUAAAAGCUUUAUCAAAAAUGCUAAACCACGUUCAAAUAAAUUAAAAAAAAAAUGUUCACUUAAACAAGAAGUUUUUGAAAAUUGUUCAACUAAAGAUGAAAAUACUAUACAUUCUGGUAAUGAUGAAGAAUUGGACGGUUCAAACAAGUUAAUAAACCCCCCUAAAAGCUUUAUCAAAAAUGCUAAACCACGUUCAAAUAAAUUAAAAAAAAAAUGUUCGCUUAAACAAGAAGUUUUUGAAAAUUGUUCAACUAAAGAUGAUAAUACUAUACAUUUUGGUAAUGAUGAAGAAUUGGACGGUUCAAACAAGUUAAUAAACCCCCCUAAAAGCUUUAUCAAAAAUGCUAAACCACGUUCAAAUAAAUUAAAAAAAAAAUGUUCACUUAAACAAGAAGUUUUUGAAAAUUGUUCAACUAAAGAUGAAAAUACUAUACAUUCUGGUAAUGAUGAAGAAUUGGACGGUUCAAACAAGUUAAUAAACCCCCCUAAAAGCUUUAUCAAAAAUGCUAAGCCACGUUCAAAUAAAUUAAAAAAAAAAUGUUCACUUAAACAAGAAGUUUUUGAUAAUUGUUCAACUAAAGAUGAUAAUACUAUACAUUUUCGUAAUGAUGAAGAAUUGGAUGGUUCAAACAAGUUAAUAAACCCCUCUAAAACCUCUAUAAAAAAUGCUAAACCACGUUCAAAUAAAUUUAAAAAAAAAUAUUCACUUAAACAAGAAGUUUUUGAAAAUUGUUCAACUGAAGAUAAUAAUACAAUACAUUUUGGUUAUGAUGAAGAAUUGGACGGUUCAAACAAGUUAAUAAACCCCCCAACCCCUAUCGAAAAUGCUGAUCCACUAAUAAGUGAAUUUAAAAAAACAUUUUCAAUUAAACAAGAAGUUUUUGAAAAUUGUCAAGCUGAAGAUAAUAACCCUAUACAUUUUGGUAAUGAUGAAGAAUUGGACGGUUCAAACGAGUUUAAAAACCUCCCUAAAACCCCUAUCAAAAAUGCCGAACCACUAUUAAGUGAAUUACAAAAAACAUUUUCAAUCAAACAAGAAGUUUUUGAAAAUUGUCAAGCUGAAGAUUACAAUACUCUACAUUUUGGUUACGAUGAAGAAUUGGACGGUUCAAACAAGUUAAUAAACCGCCCUAAAACCCCUAUCGAAAAUGAUGAACCACUAUUAAGUGAAUUGCAAAAAACAUUUUCAAUUAAACAAGAAGUUUUUGAAAAUUGUCAAGCUGAAGAUUACAAUACUCUACAUUUUGGUUACGAUGAAGAAUUGGACGGUUCAAACAAGUUAAUAAACCGCGCUAAAACCCCUAUCGAAAAUGAUGAACCACUAUUAAGUGAAUUGCAAAAAACAUUUUCAAUUAAACAAGAAGUUUUUGAAAAUUGUCAAGCUGAAGAUUACAAUACUCUACAUUUUGGUUACGAUGAAGAAUUGGAUGUUUCAAACGAGUUAAUAAACCCUCCUAAAAGCUUUAUCAAAAAUGCUGAACCACUAUUAAAUGAAUUUAAAAAAACAUUUUCCCUUAAACAAGAAGUUUUGGAAAAUUGUCCUGCUGAAGAUAAUAAUACUACACAAUUUGGUCAUGAUGAAGAAUUGGACGUUUCAAACGAGUUAAUAAAUCCUCCUAAAAGCUUUAUCGAAAAUGCUGAACCACCUUUAAAUGAAUUUGUAAAAACAUUUUCACUUAAACAAGAAGUUUUUGAAAAUUCCUCAGUUGAAGACAAUAAUGCCACAAAUGUUGAUCGCGAAGAAGAAUUGGACCUUUCAAAACAAUGUGUGAUUACACCAUUGAAUCCGAUUGAAGAUUUUAAUAAGCUAUUAAAAAAUGGAUUUGAUUCUGCAAUUGUUUGUAAGAAGAUGCAAUACGUAACUCUAAACUUAAUAAAGUUUAGUACAAAUCUGGAAGAUUUAAUGAAACCUGUUGCCACAUUGAAAGCUUUAAGAGAAUAUUAUAUUAUUAAUAAUGAUGAGAAGUCUUAUAAUAAUUUUAUGCAUCUUGCUAAAGAUGCAGUUCUUAUAUCUGGUAAAGAAGAUAUGUGGUCGAAAUUCAUUAAUAGUGGAAUUGGACUGAUUACAAAUGCAGAGAUAGAAGCAAGUGAUAUUUCACAAGAAUCAUCUGAGGAAUUUAAGAAACUAUCUGAAGAUUUUGACAUCAACUUUAUUAUUGAUGAUGAUAGUCAACUAAAAUAAUUUUCGUAAACAGAAUUAAGUAUUACUAUACAAGUGAAUAAUACAAAAUAUCUUAUCUUAUUAUUAAUUAUUAUUUAUAAUUUACUAUUUUUAAUGAAAAUCAUAGAAUGUUACUAUAGUUAAUGUAUUUACUAGAAUACAAUUAUAUAUAGCAGUGGUUGGCAACCUUAUUGAACUUUGGAGCCGCAUUAAAAAUUAAAAAAGUUUCGCAACAAAAAUUUCAAAUCUUUGAGUCUUAUUUCAAAAAAAUGAUGGCUGUAUUGAAUUGUCUUGCAGGCUGCCGACCAUUAAUUAUUUAUAUAGUACAACAUACAAAAGUUAAAAUGUAUCUUUAACUCCUAGAUGUUAAGUUUAAUACAAAAUAUUUUUAAUUUUAUUAUUUUUAAAAUACUGGUUUUAAAAAUAAUGGCUACAACAGAUUUAUUAUACAAUCAUAAUACAUUGAUGUACAGUAUUUUAAAUUAUUUGCGGCAUAUAAAACAUGCGUUUUCAUACUAUAUAUAUAUAUAUAUAUAAAGAAAUUAAUUUUAUUAAUUUUAAUUAGGUUAUUAAGAGGACAUGAUACCCGCAUGUGUUGUCUCCGCUUUACAAGUGCGUAACAUUACAAAUUGUGUGCUCAGCAGAACAUGUGUGCUCUGUUAAUUUAAAAAUUAGAGCUAAUAAUAAUGACCUUUAAAGUUAAGAUUAUUAUCUAGGCAACCUCAUGGGCCUUUUAAUAUAUUUUAUUUUUAAAGUGAGUUAUGAGAAUUUUAAGAUGUACAAACAAUUAACGCACUUGUAAGUUGAAGACUACACAUGCGGGUAUCACAUACUCUUAAGCUUCUAGAAGUAUUGCAAUUGGAAAAGUAAUGAUUUAAAAUGUAUAAUUAGAUUAUAAUUAUUAUUGUAAUACUUAAUUUUUUUCAUUACGUUGAGCCUGAUUUAAAUUUAAGAAUUGUGUACAAUGAAAUAUCAUUAUAUGGUUUUGUUUCUAAAUAAUAAAUAAUAUAUGAUAUUAUAAUUUAAAUAAUAAAUAUAAUUGUUAGUGUUGUUGAUGCCACAUCAGUAACCAUCCCUUUGAUUGGCUUAUUAUUGACAAAAAUCCCCUUUUCCAUUACCAAAUUUAAUUUAUUCCUUUGGUUUUAUUUCAUCAACUCUUUCUAAACACUACAUUGGUAUUUUUAAAUAAUUUAUUUUAUUCUUUAUUUUCUGAUUAAGUAGUGACCUUACUGGUUGUUUCCUUUAUGCUUAUUUAGUUUCAUCUUAAGCGUGUCCUGACCUCCAUGGCUAGGAGGCAAAUUGCAAACAUUUAAUUUUUUACAUACUACAUAAUAUAUAUAGCUACCAAAUAUGAAUCGUGAUUUUUUUCUUCUAGUAUUACAAUAUAAAUACCUAUAACUUAUUAUAUAAAUAUGUAAACCUCUAACAUUUAGAAAAUCACUGUUAUUUACUACAAAAUAUGUCAAUUGUCUUGUUAAAUAAAUUACAGUAAAUUAUAGUAC